CUAAUAGCUACCCACUGUCCCCAUCUCUCAACUUUGAAAGAAGCUCAAAAAAAUGGACAAUUUUAUUUUACCCGACUCCAUCAAUGCCUAAAGUGGAAGAAGAUGGAGGAGGGUAUUGUAUUCUGGCUCCAAUGGCAAGUUCCAAUCUCCGCUUUGAUGAUAAUGGGCCCAGCUUUUUUCUCAUUUUACACAAUCAAGAAUGUAAAAACAGAGCCUUUAUACUUCCAUAAUCUGUGGAAGCCAUGUUGGAGAUUCCUUAAUCCUCUUUGGCUUCUCUUCUUCAGAGUGUGUGCUUUUAUUUGCCUAACACCAAUGCUCUAUGAGAUUAUAGCAAUUGAUGGAGCUUUUGCCUUUUAUUUUUACACUCAAUGGACAUUUGCUUUAGUAAUGCUGUAUUUUUCGCUUGCCAUUGUGAUUUCUGGAUAUGGAUGUUUCGUAUUUUCAAGAACCGAAAAUGGUGAAAUCGCGGAGUUUCUGAAAAGGAAUUUGGAAGAUUCUGCAAUUACCAAUGGGGAGGAAGGAUUUCUGAAGCUGCAGAAUCAAUAUGGUGAAGGUGCAUUUAGGGUAAGAUGCGGAUUUUGGGGAUAUGCUAUGCAGGCUAUUUAUCAGACUUGUGCAGGUGCUGUCAUCCUAACAGACGUCGUUUUUUGGUGUGUUUUAGUCCCAUUUACACAUCUUGAACUGAAUGUGCUGAUGGGAUGCAUGCACUCUCUGAAUGCAGUUUUUCUUCUGCUGGAUAGCGGUUUGAAUAGCCUUCCCUUUCCUUGGUUCCGGCUCGCAUAUUUUGUGCUGUGGAGCUGCCUCUAUAUUGUGUUCCAAUGGGUGAUUCAUGCUUGUGGUUUUACUUGGUGGCCAUAUCCGUUCCUUGACCUUGACACACCAUGGGCUCCUAUAUGGUAUUUUCUCCUGGCUGCAAUUCACGUACCGUGUUAUGGGAUAUAUGCAUUGAUAGUCAAAAGUAAAAAUACAGUUUUCUCUAAAUGGUCUCCAUGUACCUUUGUGAGGACAUACUAAUUUGAUAUUCUUAGAAUUGGCUACCAUUAGAACUGUGGUUCCAUAUUUUGAUACAUAAAGAAAGUAUCCAACCAUUUACAUUGUUCAA